AUGGCCGCCACGACGACGCAGAGCGAGAAGCGGCUGUACAUCGGCAACUUGGCUACGUCGGUGGACGAGUACUCGCUGAUGCAGGUCUGCGCGAAGUACGGCAAGAUUGCCAAGCUCGACUACCUCUUCCACAAAACUGGGCCGAACAAGGGCAAGCCGAGGGGGUACGCCUUCGUCGAGUACAGCAUGCGAGAGGAAGCCCAACGAGCGAUGCAGGCGCUGCACGACAAGCUGUUUCGAGGACGGAAGAUGGUCGUCUCGCUCGCGUCAGAACAGCAAGAUACAACUUUCUUAGGAACGAAGAAGCCCCGAGGGCCGAUGUCAAGCGAUGCGCACAAACCGACAGCCAUCAGCUUGCUGAAGGGCACAGGCGUCGGCAAGGCACCAACGAAUCGCAAGAUCGCCGCACUCGAAGCCAAACUUGCAGCAAUGCGGCAGUCCAAGGAAGGCGCAUCACCAACCGGCUCUGAAAGUUCACCCGGAGGAAGCUCGACGCCCAGCGGCACAGCGUCGGCGAGCGGAACCGCUGAAAUCGAUCCCGUCAAGGCGGGCCUCCCUGCCCGGCCGUACUUCGAAUCGCAGGAGGCACCGAGGGAGAUGUAG